AUGCCUGCGCCGUCCACCAGCCCUGGCGCCCUGCUGUCCUCCUGGGUGGUGUUGCGGGGGGGCAGCGUGCACAGCGCGCUGCACGUCCGCACCAGUCCCACCGCCGGGCUGGGCCUGGGGGUCAGCAGCGCCGUGUCCCCGGGAACGAUCCUGGUGCGCCUCCCCCUGGCCGCCCAGCUGGGGGCGGGCGGCGCGGCGGACUCAGACCUGCAGACCCUCCUCGACCGGGUCCCGGCGGAGCUCUGGGGCGCCCGCCUCGGCCUGCACGCCCUGCGAGAGCGCGCCGUGGGGGAGGGCGCCGGCGCCUUCUGGCCCUACAUCGCCGCGCUGCCUAGCGCCUUCCCCGGCGUGCCCCUCUUCUUCCCCGGGGAGGCCGUAGAGGCCCUGCAAUAUCCCCCCAUCGUCCAGCAGAUAAACAAGCGGUCACGCUGGCUGGUGUCCUUUGCCAGGGAGCACCUGGCGGCACCGCGGCCGGCCUUUGCGCACGCCAGCAUCGACAUGGGCGGCCUUGCCUGGGCCUGGGCGGCCGCCUCCUCCAGAGCAUUUCGCGCCCAGCGUGGCGCGGCCCCCGUCCUGCUUCCCCUCAUCGACCUGGCAAACCAUACCUUUGAUGGCCCCACCGCCAAGGUGGAGGGAUCGGCCGAUGCCACCUGCCUGGUGGCUGCCCGCCAACUGCGGGCGGGGGAGGAGGUGAGUCUGAACUACGGCCCCCUCUCCAAUGACGACCUCUUCCUGGACUAUGGUACAGUGGACGGUUUCAUCGUCCCCGGCAACCCUCAUGACGACGUCCAGCUCCAGUUCGACCUGAGCCUGAUCGAAGCGGCGCGGGCACUGCCUGCUGAGCUGGAGGGGCUCACGCUGCGGGCGCUGGGAGACUGGGCCAGUCCCCUCAGCCUCGUCAGCGAGGCCAAGGCGCUGCGGACGCUGACGGGGCUGUGCGCCAUCUCGCUGUCCCACUUCCCGACAACCGCUGAGGAGGAUGCAGAGGUUCUGAGGAAAGGAGGAAUGUCGGGGCCCAUGGCGCUGGCCGUGCAGUUCCGCCUGGAGAAGAAGAGGAUACUGGAUGCCGGCAUCAAGGCCUGCGCGGCCCGGAUUCGGGAAUUACAAGGCUGA